CCAACGCGUCGUCCGCCCCUGCCUUCUCAUUGUCAGGGAGUGCAACGACCACAUGGGCGGCGUCAACCUCAACUCGCGCCUGCGCGCCUCGCUCUCCACUGCGGCGCCGCGGAUGCGCAAGUGGUGGCACGCCAUCUCGUAUUGGACUCUGGACGCCGCGCUCAUCAACGCGUGCGCGCUCUACGCUGACGCGAGCCCAUGCCCGGCCAUGACUCGCGUGGCUUUUCUCUACGACAUCAUCGACGCCGUCGGCUCCGCACCGUCGCGCAAGCGGAAGCGCCUUCCCUAUGUCUUUACUCUCACCGUUGCCGCCAUCCUCCCAGGCUUUCAGGCACUUCUGCCUGUGUUGCUAGCCAUUGGCGCGGCAUCGUCAUCAGGCUCGCCGCAACUCCAGUUGGUGUGGGCGUCUACGGUUGGUCUCGCCUGUGUCAACCUCGCUGCUUUCCCGGCCAACUAUGCCAUGGAGAAGUUCGGCCAUUUCUCGGUCUUGGUGGCUGGUGUGAUCUCGGCAGUGGCAGGUGUGGCGGCUAUGGCCUUUGGACCAAUCUCGUGGCCUAUCACUUGGUUCGUCGCAUUUGCCCUGCAAGGCACAUCGGUCGGCAUGGUCUACAUGGCCGUCAUGCCGCUGGUCUACGCCUGCGAAAACCCUGACACGCUGGUUGCUAUUUUCGUGGCCCUCCUCGACGGAUCGGCCGGCGUCUACCUCGGCAUCCACGGCCUGUACUCGCUCGGAUACUCGUGGCACACCAUCACCAUCCCGUACGCAGCCUGUGCCUUUGUCCUCGGUGCCGCCUGUGUCUUCGCCUCGCGCUCGCAGUACCCCGAAGCGCCACCCGCCGGCAAGCUCGCCCCGUACGCCACCUUGUUUCUCAACCGAUCCACACCGCUGCUCCUCCUCUGGACAACGCUCUACGUCUCGUCCAAGUACUUUUACAUGGCUACGUUCCACAAGCAGAUGGAAUGGAUCGUAGGCUCAGGCCCCGGAUCUGCCGACCAUGUCGACACUCUCGUCCUUGUCUUCUCCAUCGUCCUCCCCCUCGUCGUCGUAUUUACCCUCGUCACUAUUCCCAUGUCUCAGCGACUGUCGCUGGGUGCCCAGAUCGUUGUCCUCGGCUGUCUCACCUGCCUGCUUGCCUUCUCAUCAGUCGCUACCUGGCUGCCCUGGGGCUUCCAGUUCUUGUCUAUCUUCCUCCUCGCCUUCACCCGCUACCUCUUCUUCGCCAUGCUUGUUCCUGUCUGCGCCGACAUGUUUGGCGCAGGCAACAUUGGUCGCGCCCUCGGCGUCAUCGUCCCGCUCUGCGGUUUCUCGACGCUCAUCGACCUCUUCUUCGAGUGGCUCGCCUUUGACGUCUUCGAUGGCUCGUUCCUUGUCGUCAACGCGACCCUUAUGGGGCUGACCGGCGUCGUCGGUAUCAUCUUUGGCUUCACCCGCAUCAAGUCACCCGGCCUCAUCGCAAGCCUUGUGCCUGAUCCCGAAAAGUCUGCUCUCCUGGUGCAAAACAACGAGGUCUAG